AUGGCAGAUUAUCUGGUGGCAGGUUUUACCUACGGGUUUGAAUUGCAUUAUGAGGGACCAAGACAAUUCAGGUCAUCUAAAAAUCUUUUGUCGGCUUUGCAGAACCCUGUUAUUGUGAACAAAAAACUACAAAAAGAGCUUGAGGCUCACAGAAUAGUGGGACCUUUUGUUACACUCCCUUUUGAUAAUCUCCAAAUUUCCCCUAUUGGUAUUGUGCCAAAAAAAGAAAAGGGUCAGUUUAGGCUCAUACACCAUUUAUCUUUUCCUGAAAACAGUUCUAUUAAUGAUUUUAUACCAGAAGUGUUUACAAAAGUCCAUUAUGCUACUCUUGAUGAUGCUAUGAAUAUUAUUGUUUCAUUGGGUAAGGGUUGCCUGAUUGCCAAAACUGACAUUGAAUCAGCUUUUCGCAUCGUACCUGUUUGCAGAGAGGAUCAUGAAUUGCUGGGUUUUCAGUGGGAUGGUUGCUUUUACUUUGAUAAAUGCUUACCCAUGGGUUGCGCUAGUUCUUGUUCUAUUUUUGAGAAAUUUUCCUCAGGACUAGAAUGGAUUGGUAGGGUAAAGGGUCACAUUCCACACAUAGUACAUGUUUUGGAUGAUUUCUUAUUUAUCGGUCCACCUGGAUCAGAAAUUUGUAAUCAGAGUUUGUUAGUUUUCAGACUUAUUUGUGAGAGCUUAGGUGUUUAUUUAAAGGAGGAAAAGACAUUUCAGGCAAAUACAAAUUUAGUGUUCUUGGGUAUUGAGAUUGACACUGUGGCGAUGGAGAUUAGGCUUCCUGAGGACAAAUUGGUUAAGCUACAAAAAGCGAUAGAUGCAGUGAAAUACAAACGCAAAGUUUGCCUAAGAGAACUUCAGUCUUUAAUAGGACUGCUUAAUUUUGCAUGUCUGGUGAUUAUACCAGGACACACUUUCUUAAGACGACUUAUAGACCUUACUAAAGGUAUUGCAAAGCCACAUCAUCACAAGGAUCUUACUAAAGAGAGUAGGCAAGAUUUAGCGGCUUGGUCAUUAUUCAUCAAUCAUUUCAAUGGGAAAUCCAUAUUGUUUAAACACAUUUGGAAGACAUCAGAGCAGUUACAUUUAUAUACUGACGCUGCUGGCUCUUGGGGUUUUGGAGCUGUGUUUGGAAGAAAAUGGUUCUAUGGAGCUUGGCCAGAGAGUAUGAAAGAAUAUAAUAUUACUCUAAAAGAAUUAUUUCCAAUUGUUGUAGCUGUGGAAGUAUGGGGCCGCGUUUUGCAGAAUUCAUGUGUGAUUUUCCAUUCUGAUAAUGCUGCAGUGGUCAACAUAGUAAAUGCACAGACAUCAAAGGAUUCGAAAAUCAUGAUUUUGGUCAAAAAAUUUCUGGAGGUGUCAUUGGACAGCGAGGACGAACCAACAGCCAUACCAAGCCACCUUUUGCAGCUAUCCAAAACACAGCUGUUACCUUGAUUGAGGCAGCUUUAGCCCCUAAUACAA